AUGUCGCAUCCCGAAGUUCACGACGUCUCCGACAGCGACCAGGAGGUUUCAGCCACUGGUCAAACUGAUACCAUGGAGGACGAAGACAAUGAAGCUCGUUCCGAAUCGGUCCUAGGUUCCGAAACCGACUGUUUCGACCGCAGCACGAUUGCGUCUAUGAUCAACCAGGUCAACGACUGCCUGUACAAUGUCCUGCAAAUGUGCGCUGAUCCCUUCUGGCGUGCGAGUUUCGAGGCGUCAGACGUGUGGCUCCGUCUCGCCAACCCGGAGGGCGUGGACAUCCCCGGCUUCCCCACCUUGACCGAGUUUCUCUCCUUUCAAGACGUCCUUGUCGUGCAGCUUGAGAUCCUGCGUGACCGCUUUCGCAUUCUCAUGGAGAUGCACCGUCUUGGGGCCCCUCUUGAGCUGCUCAUUCGUCAGCUGGAGGAGUGCCUCGAGUUAAAUGUACAGAUUGUGGAUGCUAUGGUGCCGGUUAUGGAGCGGUCCUCGAGGUUGAAUGACUUGCUCGGGGCUCUCGAGGAAGGCGAUAUGGGCUGGGAUGAGUAUGUUGAGGCACUCAGGAACUUCGGCGCCAACUAA